AUGCCCGACUCCGUAUCCAGCUCGGGCGAACAGCCGCAAAGUUCCCAACCGAAGCGCAUUCGACUGUCUCUGGCCUGCAACCAAUGUCGCAAAAGAAAGGUCCGGUGCGACGCGCAGACUCCAAAAUGCCACAACUGCAUCCUCCGCGGCGAUGACUGCCAAACCACAAACCCCAGAAAUCCGAACCAGCACGCCGUGCGGAAGUGGGCAGCCAAGAGCGCCAGCACACAAAGCCAGGGCGGCGGCAGUGUGCAGGAGGUUUCCGAGACACCUCGAGAUCCUCUUCGCGCCGUCUCUCCCCGUCCACGGCAGUACCUAUCGCCGGCGUACGAUGACGGCUCCGAAGCCGAAGAUGCGGCAUUACGAAAGCUGUCAUGGGUCGCGGAGGCAUACCGUGCCAAUGCGCGAGAAAAUCACAGUCCUCAUGAGCAUGCGGAUCUGAACCCCGACAUGACGCUCAACACUGAUGAGAGUCCACAUCGGCUAAAGUUCAUGGGCGGUAGCAGUGUACAGUCUCUGACGAUGUUUGCCGAUCUUUUCUUCCGCAAACGCGGUCUUCGGCCAUUAUCGCCCUACUUCCGCUUCGGCAUGCACCACGUUGAGGAGUUUCAACUGCCUUUAUCGUUUCAACUCCCCCCUCUGCCUCCACUUCCCACCCUCGAUGCGUACCUAGAUGUUUACAUGAAGAGGAUUCACCCUCUUUUCCCUGUCUUUGACGAGCCUACUAUCCGCUCGGAAUUGGGACGACUUACGACACUUCAAGACGCCGAUGCGUCCGGAUCUCUACAAAAUUCCAUCGAGCCAUCCCAAAUUCCACUCCUGGUCUCCAUUUACUGCAUUAUUUGCAUCGGUGCAGAUGAAGAGACCGGAACAUUGGCCGAAAUUGGAACUCACUACCUCACUGCCGCGUACAGCCUCUUAGCGCAUGUGAUAUCAACGCCAUACUUGGCUUCGGUACAAGCUCUACUACUCUUAUCCAUCGCACUGCGUGGUCGUAGCAAAGAGGGCCAAGGAUGGCAGACUCUUGGGCAAGCCAUCCGCAUCGCCCAUUCCAUUGGCCUUCACCGACAUGCUUCAACACGGCACUCCCGCAACCCGCCAGAUGCUGGAGAUUCGGCAGCUUCGCCAGGCUACCAAGCGAACCGGAAACUGAAUACUCAAGUCUGGUGGGUAUGCUACACCCUCGAAAAGCUGAUGGAGCUUGAGACAGGCCGUCCAAGUGCGAUCCACGAUUCGGACUGUGACCAAAAGUUGCCGGACCCAACUAUUGACUACUUCCAACCUUGGGCGUCAUUAUCACGCAUUAUCAGCAGUAUAAGCGCUCACAUCUACCGCCGCUCCGGGCAAUCUCAGACAUCACGAAUCCUUCUCGGCGACACGGUCCGUCUGGAUACGGCACUAACGGAAUGGGCCCACUCGCUACCGACCGAGAUACGCCCUCCAGGUCCAAACAGUGGAAAUGCCGACCUGUGUGAUACGGGACAUCAGCACUUUGCCAUUUUUCUCGCUAUCCACUACCACCAUGCCCUCAUCUCCCUCCACCGGGCGGCCUUAGUUUUUCCAGAGUCGAUGUAUCGAACACAUAUCAACACACAAGCAGACUCGGGGGCAUUGUCAUCCGUCGAGCUGACGAGACUCAGACGUGGCGCAGAAAUCUGCAUCGGAUCGGCGAGAGCUAUGGCCAGACUUAUUGGCGAAAUCGCAGACGACGCGACCCCGACGCCGCGCGGCGGGAAUGGCGGCAUGUUCGCCCAGUCUCAUCACAACCGAUCAGAGUCUAUGAUCUUCACAAUGACCCAGCCUCUUAUGUCUGCAGUAGCCCUCGCUCUCCACAUCCUCAAGCAACCCAGUUCCCGGCUUGCCCGGUCCGAUUUGGAGCUUUUGGGCAUAGCAGCACAGUAUGCGGAGGAGCAGUACACAAAGGUCACACAGAACCCCCGGUUCAUCCAAGCGUGCUCCGUUCUGCAAUCCAACAUGUCAGAGAUUGUAUCUGGUCAUCGUCAGAACCGAGCUUCUUUGAGCACAACGGCGACAGAGCCCUGGCAGACUGCACAGACACCGGCGAGGGAUGCCGCUGAGGUCAGUGUGGACCCGGGUAUUGACCUGAUGGAUCUUGAACUUCCGGAUUUGUCGGGUAUGUUUACCGAAAUCAGCAAUACGGACUUGUUUGGGGGUGUUCGGCUGGAGCAUCUCUGGGGGAUGCUGGGCACAGAUGGGCAUUUUGCGGAUGGGACUGAGCAGUGGCCACAGUCAUGA